AGUAAGUGUAUUUAGGUGAACGUACUUGUGAGUAACGGUGAUUAUAAUCACCAUUUAUAUACGAUAUCAUAUCGAUAGGUAAAAAACAUGAUCUCAAAUUGUGCAUGCCCAGUUGUUGAGAUAAUUUGGAGCGAGACAACAGAUACAAUGUCUAAGGAAUAAAGUAAAUUUGUCUUAUUCCAAUCACAAUUAAUAUUAAGAUCAGUUAACGUAAAAUGGAAUGUUGUAACAGUUAAAAUUAUAUAUAUCUCAAGGUCUAUAAGUUACUUUGUGACCUCCAUUACUCACUUAUUUUAUCCGAUAACUGAUACAAUCACACCAUGACGAUCGAAAAUUUUGUGUACAUAUUCCAGUUUCAUUUGCUAAAUACGUACUAAUGUAGUUAGCCAUUUGGAAAGUAAUACAAUCUUCUAAGAUCUAUUUGAUUAAGUAAUUAGAGUUUGAUUCCGUUGGGAAAAUUAUCAGUCUCAAUAUCUCAGUCAUUUCAAUAUUUUCAUCUAAUGUCAUUUCAUGUUAUAAUCUCAAUGUCUCAAAUAUUUCAUUUCAAGUGAGGAUGACGAACCCAACCUACAACGAAAGUGUUUAAUUGAGGAAACUGGAACUGAUGAUAGUGAUUGACUGAUACUCAUGUGUUUUAUUUCUAAACAAGCCACUCUAUUCUAGCUUAAAGACUGAAUAAUAAAUUCUGAGUACAAAUAUACCAAUUGUUGAUCAUAUUAGUCAAUAAUAAUAAACGAAAUCGGUACCGUUAAUAAAUAAAUACGAACUAUAACCGAAAAUGACUUAUCAAACUACACAAUACAAUAAACCACUUGUUAGUCUACGUUAUAGAACCUAUUCCAACAGCCUAUGUGAACAUGACAAAAACAAUGUACUCUUAGAAAAAGUCAAUAUACCAAAACUUGAUGAAGAAUGUGAGAAAAUUAACGUUAAUAUAAUAAAUUUAAGAAGAUUUCGACAUGAAAUGUGUUUAAUCUACCAACAAUUUGCCCAGUGUACAUUAUAUGAAAAUGAUGAAGAAAAAUUAAAUCAGGCAAUUUAUCAAUUGAAAAGUGAUUUAGAAAACUUCAACUGGAAAUUAGAAAGAUCCUAUCGUUAUAAAAUGAAAAUUAGUUUAUUGCCAAAUUUCCCAGAAAAUCUUACACAUUGUAAUGUGGAGUUAUUCAAUCGAAUUAAUGAAUUAUGUAGUGUUUUAAUCAAAACGUCGGAUAAUCUACAGAAUCAUAUCCUGUCCUAUACAAAAAAUCUUUCGGAAUACAAGUCAGAUUUUUUAAGCGCAGCUCAAUUUAGAUUCAUACAACCAAUAGACUUACAAAUAGAUGAUUCUCUAAAAGAUGACUCAAUAAUCAAUGAUCAAAUUGACAAGAUACGAACAUAUCAAACCAAUGUAAAUAAUUCACGAAUAUUAUUGAAUGAAGUAGACAGAAUGAAUCAAAGAAUAAAGUAUAUAUUUAGAAAUUUGUUAAAAUCUACAGCAGACUAUUUGAUAUCACCUAACUCUUGAUUUUUGUUUUUGUGAACUAUGUAUAGAUUGUAUUAUUUAUUAGGAAGAGAACAAGAAGACAGUAAUAUUUUCUUUAAAAUAAAUUGUUUAUAAAGAU